AUGUCAGCCGCACUUUUAGCUGUUUUGUUUGACGGGAGGAUGUCAAUGAAACUUGGCCAUUUCAGCGUCUACCAACAUUAUCUUCGGAUAAAAGCUAUCGGACACUUCCAAUCUGCAACACUUCUCCUCUGUGCUAGUCAAAAUGCCAUGAUCACUAAACUGCACCUCAAUAUCACCGGAAUGCCCCGUCGAAGCAACUGUCUAUGGCUACACCCCUUCGCUGGGCUUCAACGUCUUCUUCCUCGCCUUCUUCGCCCUAGCAGCUAUCUUUCACAUAGCAAGCGGUAUCCGCUACAAAAUCUAUUUCUUCAGCCUAGCCAUAACAAUCGGGUAUCUGGGCGAAGUAGUCGGAUAUCUUGGACGGAUUAUCUUGCACACUAA